GGGAUAGAGACAGAAAGAGGGGAUAGCUGUGGGAAUGGAUGAGGAGGGAAAGAAGAAUCAUUCGCUCAUUUCGUUUGACAGUGAGCGCCACAAAGAAGGGAAACUGACCUGGACUCAAAUCAUUUGACGUCAUCUACGCAGCAGACACAAGGACCACUGCAGGCCUCCAAACGGACUGACAAACGAGACCUGAAAAGAAGACCAGACCAAACCACCCAGAUGACACUUUGAUUCUCAUCAUAUGCGUACAACACUGAACAUUUCAAACUUCAUUGUGCAUACCUACAAGAUCAUACAGCUUUGGAUCCAUAUUCUUCUCCCCCCUUGGAAUUAGCAGCCUCUCCCUGAUGAUCACAUGGAAACAUGCCACUGUAUUUCUGGUCUGCUGCAGUUUCCUGUUGGACUACAGUUCCCCCAAUCCCCGAUGUCCUCAACUCCAGCUCCAGGUUGGGAGAAAAGGCGGGGUGAAGCCCGCCAUGACAUUCGUAGAGGGCAGGCCGAAGGCAAGGCCUAAACAUGGAAGGUCACGGGUGCAGCGUAUUAAAAGAGGUUGGGUGUGGAACCAGUUCUUUGUUCUGGAAGAAUACAUGGGCUCUGCACCACAGUACGUUGGUAAGAUCCACACGGACAUGGACCAAGGUGACAAUGCAGUGAAGUACUCUCUUUCAGGAGAAGGAGCUGCGUCUAUGUUCACCAUCGAUCAAAUUACAGGAGAUAUACAUGUCCUGAUGAAGCUCGACAGAGAAGAAAAGUCCUACUAUAUACUCCAAGCCCAAGCCACAGAUGUAAGAACAGGUCUUCCUCUCGAACCCGAGACAGAAUUCAUUAUCAAGGUUCUGGACAUCAAUGACAAUGAACCUCGAUUUCCAGAUGGACCCUAUAUUGCCAUUGUCCCUGAGAUGUCCCCAACAGGAACAUUUGUGACACAGGUCACUGCUACAGAUGCAGAUGAUCCUACAUAUGGUAACAGUGCACAGAUUGUCUACAGCAUCCUUCACAGCCAGCCAUACUUUACUGUGGAUCCCAAGUCAGGAGUGAUCAGGACAGCUUUUGCCAACAUGGACCGUGAAGUGAAGGACGUGUAUCAGGUUAUAAUCCAAGCCCAGGAUAUGGGCGGCCAACUGGGGGGACUUGCCUCUACUACUACAAUCAAUAUCACGCUCGGAGACGUCAAUGACAACCCACCACGUUUUGCCAGGAGUAUUUUUCAUCUUCGGGUCGCUGAAACAGCAUUACUGGGUUCAGUUGUGGGCCGGAUUCUGGCCACUGAUCUUGACACUGACAUAAAUGCAAAGGUGGAUUAUUCCAUUGUACCAGGUGUUGAAGGCAUCAUGUUUGACAUCAUCUCUGUAGGCCAAAGUCAAGAGGGAGUACUUGUCUUAAAAAAGGCUCUGGACUAUGAAACAAAGAAGUCCUACAUUUUCAACGUUGAAGCAUCUAAUGUGCUGUUGGAUCCCCGUUUCUUGCAUUUGGGGCCCUUUCGUGAUUCAGCUACUGUCAAGGUGAAUGUCUUGGACAUGGACGAGCGUCCUGUCUUUACCAAACCAUACUACUCCAUGGACACAUAUGAGGACACUCCACCAGGAGCCAUCAUUGGCUCUGUUACAGCCCAUGACUUGGAUGCCAGCAGCAGUGCAGUCAGAUAUUCACUUGAGUGGCAAAAAGAGUAUGACAGCUAUUUUGAUAUUCACACAAUUGAUGGUACUGUUACCAUGAAUGAAAACCUGGACAGAGAGGAAACAUUUCAGCACAACAUCACUGUGGUUGCAACCAAAGUCCUAAAUCCUUUGCUGUCCACCAAAGUGUUAGUGAUCGUCAACGUCCUGGAUGUGAAUGAGUUCCCUCCUGAACUGAUAUUUCCACCAUCUACAUUUGUCUGUGAAACUUCCAAAGCUGGACAGAUAAUUCAAACGGUCAGUGCUGUGGACUUCGACCUUCCGCCUAUCAGUCAAAGGUUUUUCUUCAACACCCCUAAGGAUCGUCACAACAGAAGGUUCACUGUUCGAGAUUAUGGAAACAACACAGCUGGCAUAGUGACGCUACGCUCUGGAAUCCGGCGUGGGUUACAAGACAUAUAUGUUCUUCCUGUUGUGGUGGAAGAUAGUGGUUAUCCUGUUCGGAGCAGCACAUCGACCCUCACGAUCCAAGUGUGCUUGUGUGGGAGAAAAGGCUUGCCGCGAACUUGUUCUGCUGAAUCAAUCUUCCUGCCCAUCAGUCUCAGCACUGGAACUGCAAUGGCUAUUGUGCUGUGUGUCGUUCUGUUCACUGUUAUUUCUGCACUCUUCAUCAGUCGAAGACGCCAUAAAGACAACGAGGCUGUCAUGACAUCAAAGGAAGAUAUCCGUGACAAUGUAAUUCAUUAUGAUGAUGAGGGUGGUGGUGAGGAAGAUACUCAUGCCUUCGACAUUGAAACCCUGUGUAACACACACUCCGAGCAUGUAUUCACUAAGAGUAUAUACUCCAAGAAGGACAAAAACAACUAUGGUCAUGGGGUUCUGUUGCAUCUAAGGACUCACAAUGAUGAAAUCAAGUCACCAGACAUCCAUCAGCAAAGCGCCAGCAUUAUCUCCCUUGUUAACACCCAGUUGCUUGUUCCCUGUUGCAGAGUUACUCAAGGUAAAGCAGAAAUAAUAGAGUUCAAUGACGAGCAGGUAUCUGCCUAUGACUCGCUCGCCUCUGAAGAUCAUCGCUCUGUGACUGCCUCCCAUAGUUCUAUAGCAGAGUCAUGGGUAAUUGAUGAUUUAGGAGACUUUAGUUCCCUUGGAGAUUGGGGACAGUCAUUCAAAUCAUUAGCUGGUAUCUUUGGGAGACAUGCCCCUACUGUGUCUGAAGAGAGCUAAGUUGGAUAGUAGAGAUCAUUUGGGGUUUUGGUGGGACAUGGGCAAUGGACUUAAAAAAAGAUGACAGGCACAGAUUCUAACCAAGGGACACAUCUGCUUGAAGUGAGGUAGCAUUGGGAUCGGUUACCAGGACAGAGGCUAACAUGGCUCAAAGUGCUUUCACUGAUAUACACAAGAAAAUAAAGCUUUUCUUAAUUUGUUGAUUAAACAGUUGCUAUUGUUUCAUUAAUGGCCCAUGUUCCGGAAGGAUUACAAAGGCCUAUGCCCUACAGCUCUGGUGAAGGCCAACAUCUCUGCCAUCUCUCCGCUCAUCACCAAACUCAUAAACCUCUCCCUCCGGACCGGCCAUAUCCCAUCUGCAUUAAAAACUGCUGUCGUCAGACCACUACUGAAAAAACCCCCACCCUGGAUUCAGACGUUCUCUCCAACUACAGGCCCAUCUCAAAUCUUCCAUUUAUGUCCAAGGCUGUGGAACAAAAAGGUUGCUGCACAAAUCCAGGAUAAUCUAAAAGACAACAAUCUUUAUGAGAAGUUUCAGUCUGGUUUCCAUCCUGGCCAUAGCAGCGAAACAGCCUUGGUCAGGGUCACCAAUGACCUUCUGAUGGCAGCAGACACCGGUUCCCCAUCACUCCUCAUCCUCCUGGACCUAACAGCUGCUUCUAAUACAGUUGAUCACAACAUCCUGCUCCAUCACCUUAGAAAAUGUUCACAAAUGUUUCUCUUCAUAUCUGACUGGUACAAAUAUAGUGUUCUGCGACUAUUAGGACCAAUCCAACCAAAAGAAAGAGUACAUUUUCUAACACCAGGAAAAAAAAGUUUGUUUGUACCAUUUUCCACACUUGAGUAAUCAGCAUGUUUCAGCAAAAAACAGUCUUCGUAGGAACUCAACUCUGAGCAAAACAAAAUAGCUUCUGAUGAAAUAAACAUGGCGAACAGAACGGUGAGUUUGACACUAAUAUUUUUUUGCGUUUGAUACCUCAAAAUAAAAUAACAAAAACAAGACUGAAGAUCGGAUUGUUAUGGCAAACUGAUCAUUUAUUUACAGAUACACAACUAAGAAACGCGCCGUAGCCAAUACUUACCCAUCACAUGGCUCGAGUUGAACGUCUUGCUUUUUUUCAAUGGCGUUCACCAUCACUGAUGCCAGUAACGUGCAUGACUCCAAAAUGUCCACCAUUUUGCGCAAAGAAUAAUCUAACGCCUGCGAUUGGCUGGCGACCGGUUCAGGGUGAUAGCUGGGAUAGGCUCCGGCACGCCCGCGACCCGCGUGAGGAGAAGCGGUAAAGAAAAUGGCUGGAUGGACAAUCUAAGGCGUUACUGCAUUCAGAAGAGUAGUUAGAUUACAGUUAUUAUGUUAGCUAGCACUAUUGAGUCAACAAUGACUCUUAAUAAGCAAUCAUAAGUUAAUGAUGGCUUGUAGAAGUAGCCCUCAUGUCCAAUAGCAAAUAACUAGAUUGGGACACCACCUUCUAUCUAUCUGUAAUAAUGAAAAUGACUGGGAGGACAUUGUUUAGCUGUCAGCUGGUAUGAAAUGGAGAAAUUCCUCCACAACUUCAUUAUUUUUCAUGAAGCGCACCACCACAGAUAUUUGUUCCAUUUUACUCAGGUCCUUACUUUCCUUUCAUCUACCAUUAAAGCAAAUAUUUCAGCAUCUUUGAUUUCAUCACUUAUCUGAUCCCUAAUCAUAUUUGCCAUCAGGGCCGGUGUUUCAUUCCGUAUAUAAUAAUGCAUGUACUUUGCAUUGCUUGGAUUGUUUCAUGUUUUCUGUAUUAAAGUUUUGUCAAAUUUG